AUUGAACUGGACUAGACUACGGUUGACAUCGAAAGACGCCGUGAGAGUGGCAAGUUGUGACCGGGUCCUUCUUCUUGACGCACAUACCAGGAACCCAAACGCGCAGAAAUAUAAACAACACUCACAUUGAACUACAGAAAAUGAUUUGGGGGGAUUCCGCGCGCUUCCGCGGGUACCUUCGCAGCAGCGCCUAGGCGCGGACGCUCGCCAACGGCUCCCCAGCGAUAUGUUCUCCAGAAUUAGGGUGCCGCCGGAGUUGAAGCAUACGCCUCCAAAUGUGCUUGAGGAUUAUGUUCGCGUCCGGUUGACCCAGUACAUCAGUCUUCUAUCUGGGAGGUUAAAUCAUUAUGCGCCAGGGCUGUCCAAGGACGCGCUGGACCGUGCCGCCGCAGAGGCCCUCGCGUACUUGCCGCCCGGCGAGCAUGGCCAACUGAGCUUGGAGGACAAGCAGCUGCAGUUGGUGUUCAGGCAUGACUGCUUGGCGCUGGGCUGCCUUGACCCGCAGUGCGCGCUGUGCACACACAACCCCUCUCGCCGCUGCACGGUCAACUUUGACCGCAAGUACCUGGUCAACGACGUGCUGAAGGCGCGCUGCGGCGCCGGCAUCCGAGUGGAGUUGAUCGACCCCAACACGGGCCAGCCGGUGGACGACAAGCUGCCGGAGAUAACACUGCAGAUCUCUGUCCUGGACGGCAACCUGUACGACCAGAAGUUCCUGGACAGCGGCAAGCAGUACGAGGGCGGCACGGAGCCGGCGGAGGAGCUCGACGCCUGCACGCUGCUGCAGAACAAGAAGAAGAGCACUGCGCUGCUGGUGUGCGGCAGCGGCGGCUCCAAUGACGCGGCCGGAUACGUGUUGCUCAACAUGCUGGAGGGCAAGGUGCCGCUGGUGGACCUGCACGUGACGGACAGCAGCGAGGCCAUCCUGUCCGGCCGCAAGCCGCCCUUCAGGCUGCUGGUGCGGGCCAUGCUGCCGCCCGGAGGCCCGCGGCUCAACAUCCGGCACGCCGUGUCGGAGGGCUUCGUGGUGGCGACUCGGCGCACGCGCACUGCCGGCAAGGCGGACAUCCCAUCCGUGGACGACCCCGUGUCCAAGCUGGAGCACAUGGGCAAGGAGACGGUGAAGAAGCUGGGCGACCUGGCCACGGCGGCGGAGCAGGCGGGCGUGGAGAUUGAUAUCCCGGAGAACUGCGUGCAGAAGGUUGGCGAGUUCAAGAUGCUGGCGCUGCGAGCCGACCAGGACGGCCACCUGCGCCAGAAGCUGCAGCACGUGCUCAAGCUCAGCAAGGAGAAGUGGGACGAGGCGCGUGACCACGCCAUGCGGGCCGUGGUGGCGGACAACCGCAUGCGGGCCUGGUACGCGGACCGGCGCUCCUGCGAGCUGGGGGUGUUGUUCACGGCGCGCAUGGGCAACGUGGACCUGGACCGGCCCGUGGGCCUGCUGCAGACGCGCAUGGAGGCGGGCGAGCGCAAGACGGAGGCCAUCCUGGUGGCGCAGCUCAACCCCAACCAGCGCGAGAUGCUGCGCCACAUGCAGCCGCAGGCGGUGGCGGCCUGGUGGGCGCCGGGGCACACCGGCUGGGCCAUCUUCCCCAUGGACAGCGACACAUUCCUGCAGACUGGCGCGCUCACCACGGCCGCUGGCCUGGCUUCCGCGCUGGCGGCACCCACCUCAACCGCGGGCGGCAUCGCGGACGCGCCGCCCUCGCCCACCCACUCCACUGCUGUGUCGCUCAGCACGCUGCCACAGCGGCGGCACACCACCGGCAGCGGCGGCGGCGGCGGCGCGGGCGGCAGUGCCGGCAUGAACGGCGGCGCCUCGCAGUCGGGAGAUGUAGGCCUCGGGGCGGACCCGUUUAAGGCGCCGCCGCUGCAGCCGGCGCUGCCCAGCGCUCCGGCCGCCCUGCCCAGCGGCCUGCCGCUACCCGGCAUGCCGGCCGGGCCCAACAGCGGCCCAACGGGGAUGUCCGGACUGCACAGCGGCGGCAGCCUGCCCAGCGCCUUUGGCGGCGGCCUGCCGAGCGCGUUUGGCGCGGGCAUGGGCUCGGGGCGUAGCAGCCGCGCGAACAGCAUGACGGACUCGCCGCCGCCCAGCAUGCGCAUGGCUGCGGCGAUGCCCAUGCAGCAGCCCCCGCAGCAGCCCCCGCAGCAGACGGGGCUCUCGCUGACGCACCACCACUCGCUACCGCAGCCGCCGCACGGUCAGCCGCAGCUGCAGGGGCACCCCAGCAUGUCGCCGCACCCCAGCCUGCACCAGAACGCGAGCUUGCAGGGGCAUCCAAGCCUGCAAGGGCACCAAAGCCUGCAGCAGCACCCCAGCUUCCACAGCCAUCCCAGCAUGCAGCAGCACCCCAGCUUACAGCAGCACCCCAGCUUCCACAGCCACCCCAGCUUGCACCACAACCCCAGCUUGCAGGGACACCCCAGUUUGCAAGGCCAUCCGAGCUUGCAGGGGCACCCGAGCAUGCAGGGCCAUCCGGGGUUGCAGCAGCACUCGGGCUUGCGGCAGGGUGGACCGCCAGGCAUGGCGCCCAGCAGCGGCGGCAGCUUCACCGGCUCACAGCACUCGCAGCACAGCCACGACGGCAGUGUGCCGCCCGGGGCGCCGCCGCAGCCGCUCCAGCAGGGCUCGGCGCCGCCGCCGUCGGCCACGCAGCCGUCGGCCCCGUCGCCAGGGCAGCCGCUCCCACAGCCGCAGCCGGGUCUGCACACGCUCAUGCCGCCGCCGGCUGCGCCGCCGAUGCCCAUGGGGCCGCCGGGCUCUCGCUCAAUGAUGCUGCCGCCGCAGGGCCCGCCGCCGUCCUUCCGGAUGCCACCGCCGCAGCAGCCCAUGGGGCCGCCCACCUCGCACCCGCACGCGGCGCACUACCGGCCCAUGGGGCCGCCUGACCCGUUCUCGCAGGUGCAGAUGCCGCCGCAGCAGCACGUGCACCCGCAUGCGCACAUGCAGCCGCCACAGUCGCCACACCACCUCGCUGCCCACCAACAGCAACAGCAGCAGCAACAACAACACCAGCAGCAGCACUCGCUGCCGCCGCCGAUGCAGCCACCCUCUGGAGGCGAGCCGCCGCUGCUGCAGCCCACUACCGCGUUGGGGCGGCCGCAGAUGUCUGCGCCGCCGAAUCCCUUCUCCAACGCAGGCGCGCUGGGGCCCAGCAGCGGCCCCAACAGCAGCAGCUCUCUGGGAGGGGGCAAUGACGGCACUAACACGUCUAUGCCACCGCCGCCUCCCCCUGGCAUGCGCAUGACGGCGUCAGCAGGCUUCGGCUCGCACCAGCACCAGCAGCAGCAGCAGCUGAUGCGCCCACCGCUGGGGCCGUCCCUACCGCCGGCAACAGCUGGCGCGCUGCAAGACGCCGACGACCUGCAGUCGCGCGGCUCUGCCAACCCGCGGCCGCACAAGAUGCCCUCGCUCAGCCGCACCCUGGAUGGCGUGUUCGGACCCGGCGGCGACAACAAACCAGACUUCCUGGAAAGCACCAGCGUGGCCGCUGCCGCGGCGGCGGCUGCCGCCACCGCGCCCGCCUUGGGCGCGCCAGGAGGGGCCGCAUCGGGGACUGCGGCCGCGAAUGGCGUGAAGCAGGACCCGGCAAUGGGUGUGGCGCAGGCGGGGGCCCUGGGCCCCUCGGACAGCAAGCCGCAGGCCAGCGGCAACGCGUCGUCACCGUCGGGGCUGCCGCCGGGGCCGCGCGCGGCGCCGCCGGUGCCUGGCCAGGCGCCGCCGGGCGCCAGCCCGCCGCCGCCCGGGCCGCCGCCCAACCCGUUUGCUCGCGUCCAGAGCGGCCGUGUUGGCGGCCCGACCAUGGGCCCUGUGGACGACAGCGACGACAGCGACAGUGACGACCCUCUGGCGGCGCUGCAGUCCCUGCCCUUUACAAACAGCAUGCUGCAGGCUGCGCUGGGCGCCGGGCCGUCCGUGCCGCGAGGCAACGGCCAUCUCGCGGGAGGCGGCGCGGCGGGAGGCGGCGGCGCGGGAGUUCAGGGGGGCGCGGCCGGCGGCGCAGCAGGCGGCGCCGGCGGCGGGGGCGCGACGGCGAACGGUGGCCUGGGCGCGCCGCUGCCGUCCCUGCAGAUGAUUGACAGCCAGCAGCUGGACAUGGUGCUGGGUGACAACAUGAUCCUGGAGACGUCCUCGCUCAACACCGGGCUGUCCUACGGCCUGUUCCUGCCAGCCGGCAUGGGCCUACCUGACGGCCUGGCGGGCACGCAGUCCAAGGAGCUGCUCAAGACCACCACGUCUGGCAUGUUGAAGCCAACCUCCAGCGGCAUGCUCAAGCCCACCACCAGCGGCCUGCUCAAGCCCACACACAGCGGCCUUGACACCAUGGCCUCUAUGGAGCUGGCGCUGCCGGGGCUGCGCAAGAACGGCGAGAACCAUGCCGCGCCGCCGCCGGCGCUGCAGCCGGCGCAGCCGCUUCAGGACUCCCGCGCGGGUCCGUCUACGGGUGGAGCCAACGGCACGGCGUCAGCGGCGGACCGAGCGGACGCGGCGGGCGCAGCAGGUGCAGCGGCGGCAAACGGGGGUGCAGGUUCCAGCCGUGCAGAGCCGUACGCGCGGUAAUGCCAGCAGACGCAAGGGGACAAAUAUGAUCGCACGUAUCGGGAGUUCAUAGUGGUGCCCUGCGAAUGCGGUGGCUUGUGCUGAGCGCGUUUCCGUGACUACAUCGCUGCGUCAUGCAUGUGUGCCGGUUAUGGUAAUGAUGCGCUGGUCAUGCCGCAGCGGAAACGAAUGGCCAUUCGGUGCGAGAACUGAAUACAUACAUGGAGCUUGAGAAAGCGGCGCCAGGGUUGUGACUGGUCUCCGCGGACGAUCAGUGGCCGCGAGAUCAUGAACCGCGUGUAGCUUCAUCAAAAUCAGCUUUGCUUUGCUUUGUGUUGGAACGGCAGCACUGGGGUUGCAUGAUCUUGGCCUUCGGUGGGGGUCCCUUAAACCGGUAUUUGCAUGUCGCUGGGAUUGUGUGUUUGGUGAAAGCGUGACACUGGGCACCUUACGCCCCCUUGCAUGAUUGAGCGUCGUUAGUCGGACCGGGACGGUGUGACAUGUGGGGCGCCUGGGAAGGUGGACAGUCCAACAACGCAGGCUGUGUCCUGUUGUCGCAUAGGUGAGGCUACCACCUUUGGCCUCGCACGAUUGUGAUGAGGUGUGGGCUCAGUGUCCGCGUCGCGUGCGUUAACUGGUAACGGGCAGUGAAUAAAUUAGACCGCACAGACUGCAUGGGGCCGCUGCAAAGCAUGUGGCAUGAUCAUGUACAUAUGCGGCCGGCAGAGGAUGAGCCGCAUACCUACAAUACUAUAAGGAGAGAUGUGAUAUGGGAUCGCGACUCGCGAGUCACCUCAUACACACAAACCGCGUGGGGAGCUAAUUGGCACGCAUGCACCGGCAUAGACCUGGCAAAAGCUGCAGCCCGAUGAUGCGUUUGUGAUAUCCAUCCAUGGGCCUUUCCGCCCUGGGGUUCUGAAACCUUAAGAACUGUCGGUGGGUCCUUUGUGUAAACGGGCGUGCGGGCUUGACACGCAUUCGGUCGUUCGUGUGUGUACGCUAUCUAUCACAGCACCCGCCUAUGAGCAUUCUUAACUUGUCUGCCAGCCAGAGAUUGAACACACGGCAUCUGAUUGUCACUGGUGCGCCAAAAGAGCUGUACGAGCGCACGACCGCCGGCCACGCUUUAGGUUGCUGGCUGCGGCAUAUGGAGGUGGCCCCUUUGUCGGCCCCGGUAAGCCGGCCUCGCGGCAGGACCGAUCGCGGCAGGACACCGAAGCGGCUUUGCGAGAGAGCCCACUGGGAUAGGCUAGGUGGAGAAGCGGGAUGGCCUGCUCCAGU